AGCAAUGCCAAAAAUUGGUAGUUGGAAAGAAUGGACACCUAAUAGAAUGGAAAAAAUCAUUAAAAAAUGAAAAAUUGAAAAAUCCAAUCCCACAAUUACGAAGCAUACAGAUUCUAGCAAAUCUUAGACAAUUCCAAUUGUUUAAAGACAAGACUAAUAUCAUAAGUGAUAAUAAAUUGAGUGAGUGGGCUCUAAAAGACAAUGAAAAAAUUCAUGAGUGUGAUCUAGUAAAGAGAAUGACAGAACAAUUAAUGAUACAUGUACAGAAUAGUGAACUUGAACAAGUCGAUGUGCCAAAAAUUACAAGAUUUUCACGUAGAUGGAAAGAAGCUAUAGCACUUCGUUCAUUAGAAGAGAAGGACACUUAG